AUGCAGUUCAAGACCGUCGCCGUUGCCUUCUUCGCAACCCUUGCUGCUUCCCAGGACUUGUCCCUCCUCCCUGACUGCGCUCGUCCUUGCUUUGUGGACAACUUCCCCGUGUCCGGAUGCGCCUCGCAGACUGACUUUGCCUGCGCCUGCGCCUCGUCUGCCUACAACCAGGCCGUCACCGGCUGCGUCCUUGGCGCCUGCCAGAGUGCCGACGUUCUUGCUGCCCUCAACUGGGCCACCCAGACCUGCAACUCCGUCGGGGUCCCCAUCGAGUUCUAA